ACCCUUACAACAUUGUCAGUAUGUACACAGCAGAUUACCACUGGCCUGGGUUUACAUAGAGGCUAUGUACUCCUGCUGGCUUACAACCAUGGGAGAGAGAACAGCGCCAGUAUUAAGACGUAUUUUUAGUUAACUUGGGCCCGUUUUACUGAGUGAGAUAGUGUUAGUACGAUUUUUUUCACCGCAGGAGACUAUUACCGAUACACGACUUGCCUCAGAAGUCGUGCCGAUGUGCGGAGCGAUAAAGAAUUUAUGCUUAUGGUUACACAUUGUACCCGAGCGAACUCAGUGAUGGUACGUUGAAAGUUAGACCGUCGCAACUGGACUAGAAAUGAAACUGUAUACUUCCGCUUCCCGGACAUAGGCAUCAUCGCAGCACACGGCUGUACGUGGUGUAGUUAAACCAGCCAGGAUUUAAGUCAAUAUUGCACAUGAAUUAUUUUGCAGACUGGUGCUUUAAAGUGUGGCAAGGCUCAUCACUUCAAAGUUAACUCGCACGGGUAUAUAAUAUAUAACAAUAAUUUAAAGUGUGCUAUAGCUGCAACGCACGCAGCACUAUAGAAUAUGGUUCAGCUAUCGAACAUGAAAAGUUCGUCUGCUGGAGUGGUGUUAGUGACCCUGCUUCUGCAGGUGUUAAUGAACUGUGAAUUCACCAAGGCGGCUGCGUUUCCAGAGGACGCUAUGUCAGGACAUUACCUCAGAUUUUCAGACUCGCCGCUAGACGAAGAUGAUAUUUUACAACCCUACCUACAUCGCCACGGUCCACGUCAUCCACAUCGUUACGUCAGGGAAUGCCAACCAAUCAAAUACGGUAACGUCACACAUGAGACCAAACCAGCGCUGAAUGACAAUUCCCUACCACUAAUAGAUGUCAAAUAUUUUGUAAACCAGUUCUGGAAUAGAACAACGUUUGGACACGUGGCAUAUAUCAACAAUGCCGCAGAAACAGUCGCGGUACUGGAGCCAGGUCGUCCUGGCACGUGCUCACUGGCGUCUGGGGAAAGAGCCACCGUCAAGACGUCUGCGCGCCAGAAGAACUGUAUUUACGCAGUGAACGCUGGCUUCUUUAAUACCACAAAUGGAGGCUGUUACGGUAACGUGAUAACAGACGGCAAGUUGCGGGUUAACACAGGCGGCAUACAAAACGCGCACUUUGGGAUAAGGAAGGACGGGAGUUUGUAUGUUGGUUAUAUAACAGAAGAGGAAGUGACAAGCGGCGAGUUUUCACAGUUAGUGGGCGGGGUCUUGUGGAUCGUCCGAGACGGAGAGGUUUACAUCAACGACAGCUUGAAAGCUGAAUGUUCGGAUGUGCAGGAAACGGCAAUUUUUAAUCUUCUGUACACGUUGGCAGCCUAUAAGGUUUACAUAAAAAAGACACGACGUUGGACUGAAAAACGGAGAUUUUCAGACUCGCCGCUAGACGAAGAUGAUAUUUUACAACCCUACCUACAUCGCCACGGUCCACGUCAUCCACAUCGUUACGUCAGGGAAUGCCAACCAAUCAAAUACGGUAACGUCACACAUGAGACCAAACCAGCGCUGAAUGACAAUUCCCUACCACUAAUAGAUGUCAAAUAUUUUGUAAACCAGUUCUGGAAUAGAACAACGUUUGGACACGUGGCAUAUAUCAACAAUGCCGCAGAAACAGUCGCGGUACUGGAGCCAGGUCGUCCUGGCACGUGCUCACUGGCGUCUGGGGAAAGAGCCACCGUCAAGACGUCUGCGCGCCAGAAGAACUGUAUUUACGCAGUGAACGCUGGCUUCUUUAAUACCACAAAUGGAGGCUGUUACGGUAACGUGAUAACAGACGGCAAGUUGCGGGUUAACACAGGCGGCAUACAAAACGCGCACUUUGGGAUAAGGAAGGACGGGAGUUUGUAUGUUGGUUAUAUAACAGAAGAGGAAGUGACAAGCGGCGAGUUUUCACAGUUAGUGGGCGGGGUCUUGUGGAUCGUCCGAGACGGAGAGGUUUACAUCAACGACAGCUUGAAAGCUGAAUGUUCGGAUGUGCAGGAAACGGGUACUUUGUUGAAGUUUGUCAAUGUGUUGUCGGCCAGGACUGCUGUUGGCUACGACGCAAGGGGAAGAGCAAUGAUCGUGCAAAUAGACGGGAGGACCCUACAUCGAGGCGCCACUCUCUGGGAGUUCGCCGAGUUCCUGAUCCGGUUGGGAAUGGUGAACGCAAUCAACCUGGAUGGCGGCGGCUCAACUACCACAGUGAUCAACGGCACUGUUGCCAAUUAUCCCACAGAUAGAUGCGGGGAAUUUACUUGUGCGAGGAAGGUAUCGACAGCAGUGUGUGUCUUCGACCCCAACCAACAAACCUCGGGAAGCAUUUGUAUAUACACAUUCAGCAUAUUCGAAAUGGUAACCAUGGUAACCGUUGCCUUUCUUCUCAGCAUACGACAAGGUGGCGUUCACUGAAGAUGUCAUACCAAGGGCAUGCCUUAGAGCUUGUAUCGUUGCCAAAAAUUGGAAUUUUUUCAAAUGUCCCUUAUGUGAACAUUUAAAAUUUGAGUAAAUGUUCAAAUAUUUUGUCUUGCAUUGGUUGUAGUAAAUGAUGUUGCGUACACACUUGCGUACACACUACAAUUGGACUUAGUCUACUCUGUACCAGUAGUCAAAUCUAUCAUCUGUUAGGCUCAAAGAUAUUCAAGUUGAUGUUAUUAAAUUUUAAGGUUUUUAGCAAAGGCAUAUAUUAAGUAAUUGAGAUGAUUUCUGAAUGUCUGAAGAUAGUAUUGUCUUGUAUUGUAUUGUUUUGUAUUGUAUUGUAUUAUAUUGUACAUGCACUUGUUCAUGUGUCUAUUUGGCCCAAGAUUUUGAGUGAAUUUUUAAUUUCUUUAGAUAUUCAAAAUGUGUAUGUGAACCUUAAUUCAGGCAAUAAAUGAAACACAUUACUGAAAGAAUUACAAAUUAAGAUGAUUAUUUCAUGCAAUAUUUGGAUACAUAUCAGAUAAAAACACUGCUGCGAUGAUAAGUAUGUGUGAACAGUAGAAACAUUGGUGGCAGCUUUAUUUACAACACCUAUUAACAGAAACAACAUUUAUUACAAAAACCACCUCAGUACCUGCUUUUUAAUUGUUCAUUAACUUUCUCUACAUUUCUAAAGAUACAGUUUAAGCUCUAGAGUAGCAUAAUUUUUGUAGGCGAGAUGCCAAGAACAAUUUGUCUAAAUUUGAACCAAAUACCCUGAUAAGUACCAAGCAUAGAAAUUUAAUAAGAUACACUUCCAGUAAAUUGUACAAUAAAAUAGCAAGAUA